AUGCAUCAUCCAAGCCCCAUGAGCAGUGAGCUGGGCUUGUUGCCUGCCGUGUACUCAUUUCCUGGCCUUAUCAACGUCACUGAAAUGGGGUUCAAUAUUGGCCCUGCAAAUACCUGUCAAAACCUGCCAGGAGUGUCACCCCCAAACACGUGAGUAGAGGAGUCUAGUGAUGAGAGCACUGCACAAUACACACAGAUGUAACCAUGUGCUUUACAGGAGAUUUGCCAGAACCAGACUUGCUAGCAUGUUACAUUACAUUUCACUUGCAUUUCUUUAUCUCUAAUUGCUAUUCCUUCAGGAGUUGGGAGAGAAGAUGCCUGAGAAAGCACAGGAGGAGAGCAGAUGACGAGUGAGUUAAGAAUGGGGGAAAAAAAUAAUAUGAACAUUUAGUGUUUAUUCUGAAGCGCAUUUUAGUUUCAAAAGACUCAUUAUUUGCUCCAAAACAAUGUUUGUUCUCCAGAGGAUGCAGUGCCAAAAAGAGGAGGCUGAUGGAAGAGGCAGGAUGUGAUCCUUUGGAUGACCUCAGCCCCAAAGUGUUUCAUAACUGGCCACCAGGCAAUAGCAGCCCCCCUCUACCUGAAUCGUCUAGCCAAGCCCUCCCCCAACCCUAUCUGGGGACUCAGGACCUGGGGCUGCCCUUAUCCGGAUCUUCCUCCACUAUGGCCUGUCCAGAAGCAGAAGGCUCCUGCAUGGAGGUGGAGGCGGCACAGAGGAGACUGCAGGAGAUUGAAGAGAGGUGAGCCAUGAGAGACCAUAUGGGGGCAAUGUGAGAGUCCAGACUACUGUCCAUAUCUCAUCAUAAAAAUGUUCAUUAUUACUGUAUAUGAUUUGUAUCAGCAUUACCACCAUUUGUUUUGUCUGCACAGUGCAUACACACUCUGCAUACACACUCAGUCACACAGUGAAGUUAUUCUGUUUCUGUCAGGAUCACACUGGAGGAUGACGAUGAGGACCUGGAUGUGGAGCCAGCACCCAGACGGCCCAUGCUGGUGAUGUCUGACAGUCUGCGGGAGGGGCUUCAGCGUGGCAUCAGUGACAUCCUCCCCCACACUGUGGCCCAGUCUGUGUAAGUACCCCUUUCCUUCUUAUACUCCACCUUAGAGGAACGUUUAAUUGAAGUACCUACACAUCUGUCAUUGUAGCCAGUAGUGAAUAAUCGAUAUAACUUUGGGAGGUGUCCACUAUUUGUUUCUCUCUGUCAGUCCCAUCGACUCACCGGUUCCUCUUCUGUUAUCAUAGGAGCCACUCCUGUAUGGAGCUGGUAGUAUGGCGCCCCCCAGAGCUUGCGCUGGCCCGGCGGCUGAAGGACUCCCUACAGAGGCAGAGGAAGCAGCAGACUACCAGCAGGCAACCCCCGAGCCCUAGUGUCCCUCCGAGUUCCCUCACCCCCACAAACACCCCAGGGGAGACGUACUCCCCUCUGUAUUGCAGCCCAGGGGCAGGGGCCGGGGCCCACGGCUCUGGAGAGGAGGACAUGGAGCUGUAG